GCGUAGUUCCUCCCGGCCUCGCGGGCGGCCCAGUCUUCCGUCUGGCAGGGAUGCCGCCGGUGCCCGUUCUUUGCGGGAGCUGCGGGGCUGAGCGGGCCGCGCUCCGUCGCCCCAAAACCGGCCAGGCGCUGUGCCGGAGCUGCUUCGCGGCCGCUUUCGAAGCGGAGGUGCACGAGACCAUCGUGUCCGCGGGGCUUUUCCAGCCGGGCGAGACGGUGGCUAUCGGGGCGUCGGGAGGGAAGGACUCGACGGUGCUGGCGCACGUGCUGCGCCUGCUGAACCAGCGCCACGGCUACGGCCUGCGCCUCGUGCUGCUUUCCGUCGACGAGGGCAUCGCGGGCUACCGGGACGACUCGCUGGCCGCCGUCCAGCGCAACCGGGGCCGCCUGGGCUUGCCUUUGCACGUGGUCUCCUACCGGGAGCUUUACGGAUGGAGCAUGGACCGCAUCGUCCAGCACACCGGCUCCAGGAACAACUGCACCUUCUGCGGCGUCUUCCGCAGGCAGGCGCUCGACCGGGGCGCCGUUCUCGUAGGGGCCGACAAGAUAGCCACAGGUCAUAACGCUGAUGACGUAGCUGAGACAAUCUUGAUGAAUUUCCUGCGGGGUGACGUUGGCCGGCUUCAACGCUGCGCCGAAAUCCUGACGGGCGGUGAGGGAACCCUGCCUCGCUGCAAGCCGCUGAAGCACGCUUACGAAAAAGAGAUUGUGCUCUAUGCCUACUUCCAAGGGUUGGAUUACUUCAGCACCGAGUGCGUGUACGCCCCCAAUGCCUACCGGGGCCAUGUCCGUGCCUUGCUGAAAGACCUGGAAGCUAUCCGGCCCAGCUCAGUGGCUGAUUUGGUGCACUCGGGGGAGCGCCUGGCGAUCCGUAAGGACAUUCGCUUGCCCGUCCAGGGCACCUGCCGGCGGUGCGGCUACUUCUCUAGCCAGCCCCUUUGCAAAGCUUGUGUGCUGCUGGAGGGGCUCAACCGUGGACUCCCUAAACUGGCCAUUGGCAAAACCAACCGACUGCAGAAGGCUUUGUUGGAGGGGGAAAAGCCAGAGGUUGGAUUAGAAAUGGAGGAGAGCUCAAGGAAACCAAGCCGGAUUGGAAGGACAAUAGACUUCUGAACUCCCUCUUUUUAUGUCCUGGUCAGGGUUGCUGAGAAUGAAUGGCAUAGAAUGAAUGGCAUAGAUCAGGGAGUUGGGAAGCAGUGCACCCCCCCAUCCCAGUUGCUGGACCACAAGUCCCAGCAGGAUGGGCAAGGGUGAUGGUUCUUGGUACAGCCAUCUUGCAAAAGUCAUUAGAUUCCCGGCUGCAGUAGUGGUUUCAGUCAAUGCGUUUGCAUUAAAGGGGCAGGAACCACCUUCUGUGCUGUCCUUCCCUGAUAAGGAGCCCUCUUGGGCAGCAGUCACCAACUGGUGGUCUGUGAGAAAAUUUUGGUGGUCCGCAGAAAAAUUAUUUGCAUUUUUUAUAUUGCACUAAAUCAGGGGUCCUCAAACUGAACCGGAUAUGUGCAAUGAAUGUUUGUUUUGCUGCAGAGAGUCUCCCCCUUUGGGGUUUUUUUUUGUGUGAGUCAGAGGGGGGCAUAAAUUCUCACCUGGGGUCUGCUUCAGCCUCCUGGUGCAGUGGUUUGGGCAAAGGCUGGAAGGAAGUGCCGCUGGUGGCGAAGAGCUGGAGGGCCUCGUUCCAGUGGGACUGCAUCAUGGCCUGGAACUGGCUGAUCAUCUCAGCCCGUUGAGCCUCCAGGUGCCGGUACCUGGCGUUGCACUUCCGUAGGUCUUCCCUCUGCUUGGAAAGCCUAUGCUCCUAGUCCUGAGUGAGGUGCUUCUGCUGAGCCUCCCUGGAGUGGGGAGGGAAUGGGGAUUUUGCAGUAUCCUUCCCCUGGAGUGGGGUGGGAAUGGAGACUUUGCAGUAUCCUUCCCCUGCCACAGGCACAGAACCAGUAGUAAAAAAAAUUGGAUUUCACCACUGGUUUUGUUACGUGUAUGUUCCUACUGCUCUUUGGCAAACAGAAUUGUCUUGUCCUUACUGAGAUUCAAACUGUUGUGUGGUCUCUAAAAUAGCAGAAUUUUUCAGUUUCCUUAAAAAAAAUGCUUUGAAUAUAAAUUGUUCUGAUUUUGUUGCCUCUCCCUUUUUAGCCACCGUGCUACUGGCUAUCUUGCACAGUUAGAAAACACCUAGUCACCUAGUCAUCGUUUGCUCAAUGUCAGUUCUCCCAUUUGCAAUUUGGGAUGGCAGUUAUCAAACAGUAGCCAUCAGCUGCGUCUCUGUGAUUCUGAAGCAGUGAAAACCACAGAAAAAUUUAUUUCUUCGUUGCUCCUUUUAUAGACAUUUGAACCAGGUUUAUCCUCCUCCUGACCAUCAGAUACCCUGAUUUCUCAGCCUAGGCCCAGAUUCUCCUUAGAGAUGAGCUGCCAUUUAUUAUUACAUCCUGUUGCGCUAUCAUUUCUACUUGAACCUGUGUGAGGAACUAACUGUGCUCCUCAUAAAGGAGUUCCUAAGCAGAGACAACCAUGGGAACAUCUACCUACCAUGGCUAUGAUUUGAGGAUAUCUGGGGGUCCCUCAAGAAGAUCAUGAGAGGUUUGCAAACUCAAAAUUAUUUGCCAGAUAUUGAAGAUAUUUGGAAACAUUUAAACAAUGUUUUGGAAACAAGAUAUUUGGAAACAAUGUUUUGGAAACAAGAUAUUUGGAAACAUUUAAACAAAUAUUUUCUAAAUUUGAAUUUAGAAAAUAAAAUAGACGAUAUUCAGGUUAAGGUAGAUAGGGCAGAUGAAGAAAGGGUUAUAUUACAAUAUAAAUUAAUGAAAUAUGCUAUAAGGGUGAGAGGAUUAAAAGAAUGUUCUUAUUAUUUUUCAUUUGUUAAAAAAAGACAAGACAAAUUGCACCAAGACAAAUUCCUUAUGUGUCCAAUCACACUUGGCCAAUAAAAAAAUUCUAUUCUAUUCUAUUCUAUUCUAUUCUAUUCUAUUCUAUUCUAUUCUAUUCUAUUCUAAAAUACUAUUUUUCCCCCAUGAACAGUAUUUUAUUUACAUUAAUAUCUAGCAAAGAUAUUCAACCUUGGCAACCUUAAGACUUGUGGACUUCACUCCCAGAAUUCCCCAACCAGCUUGUUGAAGUCCAAGAAGUUUUAAAAUUGCCAAGAUUGAACAUCCCUGAUCUAGUGGGUUUAAUACUGUAUUGUUAUUUUUACAUGAUUCAAUAAAUAUAAACACUGUUUUAGCAGAAAAUAAGACCACUCUCACCUGUAAUGUAGCCAAAUUUUGUCUUGCUGCCACAAGAAUGAGGAAAUUAGCAUCAUCCAAUAAAAUUGUAUUUUCAUGACACAUUUACAAUUUCCUAUUUGUUGUCUUCUUUUAAACUCUUUAAAUUGUUUUUUGUUAUUUUUGUGAUGUGUGUAUAAUGUUUAUAUAUGUGUAUAA